AUGAUAUUCUAUGCACGGGUCCCGCCCUACAAAACGAUCUUGGAGGAGUUAUACUCAACUGGCGUCUCCAUCGUAAUAUUUGGCACUGCCUCGGCACCCUUCACGGCGACUGGAGUCAUACAUCAGAUUGCGUUCGACGAGCGCGAACGCUAUCCUCUGGCCGAGCAUGUCCUUAAAAAGGAAACCUAUGUGGACGAUGUUCAAACAGGACACGAGACCAUCGACGGAGCUCUAAAAAUUCGCAAUGAUGUCAUCGCAGCUCUGCAAUCAGCAGGCAAGGAGCUCAAGAAGUGGGCAUCCAACCAUCCAGAUAUCUUAGAAAGCAUCCCAACUACAGAUCUCUCUAACAGUAGCAUUUUUGAGAUAGACAAUAAGGACUCCAUUAAAACUUUAGGGUUGUAUUGGCAUCCAAACAAAGAUGGUUUUGGUUUUAAUCUUAAGUUUUCUCUCAAUCCUAUAUUCACCAAACGUUCUAUACUAUCCACAGUAGCACGCUUAUUCGAUCCGUUGGGAUACCUGGCACCAGUAAUCAUCGCUGCGAAAAUCCUGUUGAAGGAUGUUUGGAGUUUUUAUAUCGAGCGCAGGGAUGAGCCCCCCGCAUCAUUAGAUUGGGACGACCCAUUGCCAGAUCAACUCGCCGAGCGGUGGCGAAAGUUCAUUCAAGAGCUCCCCGACAUUGAAGAGAUCCACAUCCCUCGGUGGUUAGGCUUCGACUUAAGGCAUGUCUUGACGUUGCAACUACACAUGUUUUGUGAUGGAUCAUCCAUGGCGUAUGCAGCAUGCGCUUAUCUUCGAGCUAGUUGUACGGAUGGUUCCAUGCAGAUUAACUUAUUAGCCGCCCGCAGUCGAGUCACACCUGUUAAGCCGCUAAAAAUUCCGAGAGUUGAGUUAUCCGGAGCCCUGCUGUGUACACAAUUAGCCGAUUGGAUUGUCAAUCAACUUCAAGCAUCACAUCACACCAUAUCCGUACACUACUGGUCGGAUGCAAUGAUAUUGCUGUAUUGGCGUUGGAAGACAUUUGUGUCGAAUAGAAUUGGAGCAAUCCUGGAGGCAAGCUCGCCAUCGCAGUGGAGACAUGUUCUUACGCAAGAAAACCCAGCAGAUUGUGCUGCACGCGGACUCACCCCUUCCCAGCUGAAACACCACACGCUUUGGUGGCACGGACCACAUUGGCUGCAGCUUUCAGAGGAGUAUUGGCCAGUCAAUCAGUCCCCAAAAUCAGAAUUUAUUUCAGAAGAGCAAUCCUUAAAGCACAUCGGAGCCCACAUUUCCUACGUCAAACGAUUCAUUUAUAAUACUCGUCACAAAAAAGCGGAUAGACUCACCGGCCCUAUUCAGGUAUCUGAAUUUCAACAGGCUUUGUUCGCACUGGUGCGGAUGGUUCAACAAGAAGUCUAUUCGGAAGAAUUAUCAAGACUACGAUCCAACAAAUUUCUAUCCAAACACAACAAACUCAGUCAGCUAUCACCGUUUCUCGACGAUGAGGGGCUCAUGAGAGUUAAAGGCAGACUUAAGAAUGCUUUGCAGCUCUCCAUGUCUCAAAAUAAUCCUUCCAAAGGCCCACCACCUGACGAUUUUGGUUAUAAGGAACGCUUAUCACAACACCUUACAUGGCGGUGUGCAACUAACUUUAUAUACAAUUCAUCAAGUUUUCUGGAUCGUCAACGGUAA